AUGUUUUUGAUUGUGUCAGCAAUUUAAAUAUUGUUAGCCCAUGCGAAUUGGGUAAUGAUUGACUAAAGUUUUGUUGAUGGAUUCACUUCUAACAAUAGUUGGGAUCUAUCAAAAUAUUGUGACUAUUUUGAUAACGAUUAAAGUUUUAGAAAUAAUUCUUGCUAAUCAAAUUCUAUAAAAUAUGUACGUCUAAAAGAUGACAGAUAAAGGAUGGAUAAGAUCUACUAGUAAAAAAGUUACUAAUCAGAAGUAAUAGUUGAUAUCUUUUUUGAUAAUGCUGGUGAUACAUCUGGAAAUCAAGCUUAUUUCACAUUGAACUUAACCUAGAGUUCGUCAUCAAGAGAUAUUAUGUAAUAAAGAAAUUAUAUAUAUUCUGAUUUAACUCAAAAUGCAAGAUAAAUAUGCAAUAGUUCAACGCCAUAAUAUUUUGAUUUCAUAACAUAUGUAGGUACAUCUCCUGUAUUAUAUAAAGAAAAAUUUAAUAUAUCUAUAGGAAUUGAAACUGAUGAAGAUAAUUAAAUUCUGGGCGUUAGGAAUGUAUUUGUUUAUGUCAAAUAUUGUUCACCAACUUGUAAAACAUGUUCAAGUUCGACUAGUUGUCUAACAUGUGUUUAUGGUUCUCUAUAAACAGAUGGUAGUUGUACUUGUGACCCUUCUCAUUAAUUUGCUUAAACUGGAAUUGGAUGUAGAUAAGAAUGUGAAAGAGAUUAUUUUAUAGCAAGAUCAGAUAAUAUUUGUGUUCCAGAUAGAAGAAUUAAAUCACUUGUUUCGUAUUUUGAAUCUACAACUUUCAGUGCUUAUUCUCCUUUUUAGUUUGUUCAAGAUUCUGCAAAUUCAAGAAGUUCUCCGUCGUUAAUUUUCGAUUGUUCAUCUACUAAAUAUGUAGGUAGUUUACUUUAUAGUGAGGGAAUGAGUUUAUAAUUGGCAACUUCUUAAUCCUUAAAAUUUAUCAGACUAAGGAUUACAUUUUACUUAUAAGGCUUUUUGACUAAUAAUAGAAUAUAAAUAUUGUUAGAUGACUAAAUAUAAGGUGAAAUAAUCAAGACUUCAUCUGAUUAUAAUUUUGAGAAAAUUAGAAAAAUUUAUAGUUAAAGUGUCAUAUGCACAAAUACUUAUGAUUUAAUCCGAAUAGAGGCAAUUCUUCGAACUUACUCUAAUACUCCUAAACUCAUUUUAAAAGGAUCAUAGCUAACUUAAGCAACUUCGACAUGGGGAUUCAGAAAUAUAACAAUUGAUAGAGGCAAUUGUAAAGAAAAUUGUGAAGUAUGUGCUGACUUUUCAACUUGUCAACAAUGUAUCAGUAAUUACGUGUUAUUUUAAAAUGGUUGUGUCAGCGAUUAUCCAGUGCAUUCUGCUAAUUGUGUUGAUUAUGCAGAUAUGAUACCAAGUAAUUUUAAUAAUUUAUUUUUAGACUCUCGAUACUUAGCAAAAGGAUUUUAUAAUUUUAAUAUGACUACUUCAGAUCUAAACAAAUUCUUCGAUGAAAUUAUUCCAACUGGCAAUAAUUUCUUAACACAAUAAAAAUUUUCAAUAUUUCCUACUAAAUUUGUUUUAGGAGGUGUAAUGGUAUGGAAUAAUGCAAUAUAUAAAAAAUCAUGGAGUAUAUCCAAACCACACUAUGCUGUUACAAUAAGAUUUAACGUCAUAUAUGGAGAUUAAUAUGCUGGAAAUUUUUAUUAUACCAUUUAAGGAGUAAAAUCAGUUGCUCAUCCCAAACCAUCAACAAGUGGUUAAAACAUUAUUGGUAUGAGUUUAAAUGAAAUAACUUAAUAUUUUGAAAUUUUCCAGAAUCCAUUCACAUCGUCUCCAUUAAAUAUUGAGUUUCAAUGUACAGAUACAACUGUAGAUCCAAGAGACUAAUUUUGCGCAAUUUCUGAUUACUUUAUUGUGGUAUACUAAGUAAAUAUUUUGAUUUUAUUUUAAGUGUCUCCCAUUUUGUUAAAUUUGCAAUGAUGGGGUCUCUUGUGUUACUUAGGAAUCUGGACAUACAAGUCAAAAUUGCUAUACUAAUUAGUUUCUAUAAUUUGAUUCUAAUUCAGAAACUUAUAGUUGUAUUACAUGCAAUUAGCCUGGAUGUUUAACUAGCAAAAAUUUGGAAGAAUGCACUUCUUGUGAUUUUUCAAAAGGGUUGAAUAAUGGUGUAUGUUUAUAAUACAAUAAAUUCUGUGAAACUUGUAAAGGUAGUUUGAAAAUAGAUUGUAUAAUAUGUGUUUAAGAUUUUCAAAGAUUUAUAUUCAACAAUUAAUGCUAAUGUUUAUCAGGCUAUUAUGAUGAUGAUAUUAAUCUACCAUGUCAUCCUGUUUGUGGAGAUCUUUUAGAAGUUGAUGGAGAAGAUUGCGAUGAUGGUAAUAACAAUCCAUUUGAUGGAUGUCAUAAUUGUAAAUUUGGAUGUGAUGCUUUUUGUUAAGUAUGUAUAUAAGGGGUUUGCUAUUUAUGCUAAAAGGAUUUAUAAAUAAUAAAUGUGUUGGAAUUUGUGGAGAUAAUAUAAAAUCUUUUGAUGAGUAAUGUGAUGACGGAAAUAUUAAUUCAUUUGAUGGUUGUUUUGAGUGUUAAUAUUAAUGUUAGGCUGAAUGCACAGAUUGUAAAUUGGGAUUAUGCUAUGAUUGUUCAAUAAAAGGAUGGUAAUUAUUUAAUAAUUAUUGUAUUCCUAUUUGUGGUGAUGGAUAUGUUAUUGAAGGUUUUGAGGAAUGUGAUGAUGGAAAUAUAAUACCAUUUGAUGGUUGUUUUGAAUGCUAAUUUUAAUGUUAAAUUGGUUGUAUUGAGUGUUAGGAAAACUGAUGCUUAAAAUGUGAUGAAAAUUAAUAUUAAUUUGAUGUUUAAAAAUUAUAAUGUACUUAAAUUAACCAUGUUGAUAAUGAUUAAGAUAUAGAUAUGUUAACCUUAUUGUUAUAAUAAUUUACUUAUUAAGAUGUGGAGAUAAUUACUUACUAGUUGAUUAUAUAUGUGUAAAUUAAUGUGGAAAUGGACUGCUAAGUAGUUAAAGUGAAGCAUGUGAUGACGGUAACAAUGUUGGAGGAGAUGGAUGUUCAGCUUUUUGUCAAAUAGAGGAUAAAUACUAAUGUUUAAAUUAAAAUGGAUCAUUAUUUCAAUGCACAUAUAUCUAAGUUCCUGAAUUAAGCUUGAAUUUUAUUUCAAAUAAAUCCAACUCUAUAUAAGUUGUAGAAUUAACUUUUACUUAAGAAGUUAAAUUAAAUGAAGAUUUAUAACUUGAAGAAUUUAUGCUAUUUAGUAUUCUUCCUCAAACACAAUAUAAAUUGUCUAUUAAAAUCAUUUCAAAUAUUACUAUCAAUCUAAAUAAUUCUAAAUUUGAAAUUUAAAUCGAAUUUUUAGAACCAAUCUAAAAUCCUGUUCUUUAAGUUGAUAUAUAGAAAGAUACAAUUUAUAAUUAAUUUUAAAUUAGUUUAAAAGAAUAUUAACAUAUUUUUAAUUUUUCUACUCCUUUUUUGCUCUAAUAAGCUACUAAAGAAUAAUUAGCUUCAGUUUCUUAACUAAACGAUGCUAUGAUGUAUUAUUCAAUGGCUAGUGUAUCAAGUUUGGCUUUACUUACAGGAAAUGCUUAUUAUGUUUUUUAAUUUAUUAGAUUUAUUUUAAUCUUUAUCUUAUCUCAGAUUUAUGUAAUAUGAAUUUCCACCACAUUUAACUUCAUUUUUAAACGCUUAUACAAAAGUCUCAUUAAAACCAAUUUUAAAUUAUUUUUAAAUAGACUAGUUAUUAAUCAAGUUAAAUAGAGGAUAAACAUAAAAUCAACCAGAUCGUAAAUCUAAUUAGGAAAUUUUAAACUAGCUUUAUUUAUUCAAUGUUAAAAGUUGCUACUUUUCUGUCUUUGCUUCCAUUUUGAGUUAUUUAAUAUGUUGUCUAUUAGUUUCAAAAAUCUUAGACAGUUUUGUUUCUACGUUAACCAAGAAACAUAAGAAUAAUUUUAAAAUCCUAAGAAUAAUAAAUGUUUUUUAAAAAAAAGUUCAAAAGAAUUGCUUGAAUUUAAAAAUUGAAUAUUUUUCUUUAGGAAUUUAUAAGGUAUUUUAAGCCAUUCUACAUUAAUUUAUAUUUAGUAUAUUAAUUUAAUUUCCAAAUUAUGCAUUUAAUACUCCAUUUGAAAUCUUCAAUAAUAUUAAUGCUAUUUUUGGAUUAAUUUAUAUAUUCAAACUAAUUUAUCCAUUAUUUACAAUAACUACUUCUUAAAUAAAAAAUGAAAAAAAAUGGAAAUAUUUUUAUUAUGAAUCUAAACUUACAUUUUGG